AUGCUGGUCUACAUGGUGCUUUUCCUUUUCGUCGUCAUUGGAAUUUUCAACCUGAUCAUGGCCGUGUUCUUGGACUCCGUGCUGAAUGACCACGUGGCGCGAGAAUUGCAAGAGCUGGGCUACAGAUCUGAGGAGUCGCUCGAUUGGUGA